ACAGCUGAACCUUAAAAAAGUUCUUGUUAAUGGAGGAUAUUUGGAAUAUAAAGUAGAUACCCAGCAUCUUAAAGAAAAUGGGGGUCAGAAGAUUUGCAUUCUAGCACUAGAUGAAGCUGGAAGAGUGUUUUGCUGGAAGUCAUCUAACAACUCCAUGAAGCAGUGUCGCUGGGUGUAUGGCCGGCAAGUCUUCAUGUCUGAUGUUGCUUUAAAUGGGAAUGAAAUAAUGUUUGUCACACAGGAUGGUGAAGCCUUUACAGGGGAGUGGCUGGAAGAAGGGAAAAAAAUCUCAGAAAAGAAAGCAGAGCUUGUAUCAAAUCUUCAGAAUUCUUCGUGUGACAUGUCUUGUGAGCAUGAUACAAACAGCGUCUAUGAAAGAAUACGACUUCAGAAGCUUACUUUUGUCCACCGAGCUGUUAGUAUUGCUACUGAUCCUAAUGGGUGCAACUUUGCUGUUUUACAGUCAGAUCCUAAAACAAGUCUCUAUGAAAUACCGAGUGUGUCAGUAUCAAGUUUUGGAGAAGAUUUUGGCAAACUGUUACUUGAAACGGAUGAAAUGGACAACAUCCAUGAUGUGACUUUUCAGAUUGGCACAAGAACUUACCCCGUGCACAAAUACAUCUUGGCUGUGCGCUCUGAGUUCUUCAAGAAGCUGUUUGUUUCCAGUGACAACCAGCUAGACACUCCAGACAUCUACCGUAAAGACGAAGAUGCUGUUGGAUGCGAUCUUUACGUAGUAGAGAAAGUUCAUCCGGAUCUCUUUGCAUACCUUCUGCAGUUCAUAUACACUGACACUUGUGAUCUCUUGACUCAUGGUUUUAAACCAAAAAUCCUGCAAAAAGGAAAAUCGGAAGAAUAUCAAGAUACUUUGAUUUCUAAUCUGAGCAAAAUGAGUUUUGAUGAAAAUGUCAAUGGAAAGUCUGCAUUUGAGAUUUAUAGAAAUAAUCAAGUGCAAGUUAUAAAUGAAAAACAGAAGAGCAAAUCUAAAAAAGGCAAAGCUGUUGCUGAAGAAGUUAACCUCAUAAAAAUGUUGCAAAGUGCUGCAAAGAAGUUUGGACUCAGCAAUUUAAGUGGAAGGUUGGAUGGAGUCAGAUUAGAAAAUGGAAAAAUUAAUGUUGUCAACAAGAAGAAUGGGAACAAACCAAAGUUAAAUCAGAAGAAAUGUUCAUACCUCUGCGAUGUGACCCUGAAAUCUUUAGAUGGAAAGGAAUUCCCGUGUCAUAAGUGUGUACUUUGUGCAAGACUUGAUUAUUUUCACAGCAUGUUAAGCAGCUCAUGGAUUGAGGCUUCCUGUUGUUCAGCUCUGGAAAUGCCAAUCCAUUCUGACAUACUGCAAAUAAUUGUGGAUUACCUGUAUACAGAUGAAGCUCUUGCAAUAAAAGAUUCUCAAAAUGUGGAAUUCAUAUGUAAUGUUCUUGUGGUAGCAGACCAGCUUCUUAUAUCCAGGCUCAAAGAAAUCUGUGAAGUAGCCAUUGCAGAAAAACUUACUUUAAAGAAUGCUGCCGAGCUGUUGGAAUUCUCAGCAAUGUAUAAUGCUGAACAGUUAAAAUUGUCCUGCUUACAGUUCAUAGGACUCAAUAUGGCAGCUUUGCUUGAAGCAAGGACUCUGGAUGUCUUAAGCGAUGAAGUUGUAAAGGAUCUUUCUGUUUAUUACAGGAAAAUGAUUCCAGCUAUGGUCAGGAGAGUAAUUACUCCAUAUCUAGACGGACCUGAUAUAAGUUCUUUUGAGCCUGAAGAUGGAGAGAACUUUGUCUUUUUAAGGGAAGAAAUGAAUGCAGAACACAAUUCUCAGGAAGCACUUUUCAAAAGAGCAAAAACAAAAGCAAAAAAGAAGCCACGAAAACGGUCCGACAGCUCUGGAGGAUAUAAUCUAUCAGAUAUUAUUCAAAGUCCAGCCUCUACAGGCUCAGUAAAACUGGAUAAAACUAACUCUGUAGAAUCACUUCCAGAACUCUUAACAUCUGACUCUGAAGGUAGUUACGCAGGAGUGGGUAGCCCCAGAGACUUGCAGUCCCCUGACUUCACAAAAGGGUUUCAUCCAGAGAAGACUGAGAUGAAGGACAGGGCGUGCACUCAGGGUAUGAAACCCUGUCAACCUAACAAGGAGAUGAAAUCAUACAAGGGAUCAUCAGCAUUGAUGCAGUCUAUUCCACGAUCCAUUCCCAGUGCCAAAACCAACUCUGCAAGCUCUGCUAACUGGGUAGCAACCAGUUUCAGCCCUGCCAGCCCUCCUGCUAUGGAUCUAAGAACCAUCAUGGAAAUUGAAGAAAGUAUGCAGAAAUGUGGAACCAUGCCAAAAGCAAAUUCAGGCAGAAUGGUGUCUCAUGGAGUCAAGCUUUCUCAGAAGCAAAGGAAGAUGAUUGCCCUGGCAGCAAGAGAUAAUGGAUCAGUAACUAGCAGCACAGAGCCUGCUUCACUCAUAACUACACCACCUCCACCUACGAAAGUUGCAAAACUAGGGAAUGCAUG